AUGAAGUUGAAACUUGAAGCGCCAAUUGAUGAAAUAAUUUCAAUCGACGUGGAUAAGGAAAUAUUGAUUGGAAGCAUCAAGCAGACGAUUUCAAAAAUCACAAUGAUUCCUCCCUCUCAUAUAAUGAUUUAUGAUAACGAAAUUUUAUUAGAAGAUAGCGAAACAGUUUAUGAGAGAAAAGAUGAUGAAAAUUACAUUCUUAUCUGCAAGUUCCCAGAAACAGCCCCACGAGUUGAGCAGCAGGAAGAAAAUAUCCCAGAAAACUUGGAACGCCAUGUUCAAGUACUUAGAGAAUUAGGUUUUACUCAACAAAACUCAGUCAUGGCAUUGCAUGAAACAAAUUACGAUCUUUCAAAAGCAUUCAGCCUUUUGUCAACUAAAUUGGCUAAGAAAUCCAAGCAAGGUGGGUCUCAAAAGAACUCUGCUCAUAUGCAAUUACAAAUUGACCCCCGCACUGUGAAAGAAGAAGCAUUGAAAAAGGCCCAGUAUAACAUCGAAAGAUUAACCCCUGAUGUAUCCCUACAUGAAUACAUUCAACGAUUAAAUGCAUCACUUCCGCAGGAUGUAACUCUUGAUGUUGGAGCUUUAACACGAAUCUACUUAGAAAACGACUGCAAUGUUUACGCCGCCAAAGCACAUUUUCCACAAUUCAGCGUUGGCUACUUGGAAUUUGUGCUUUAUUGGAUGGUACGCACAGUUACUGAAAGAAUUUCCUCACAGAACAGUUGGUCAAUGGAGGAAAAUAGAUUUGUAAUCGAAAUGGCAGCCAUUGGUCAUAGUUUUCGUGAAAUUGAUGCCAUAACUUACCAUAAAAACAGCAGAAGUGAAGAUCAUCGCAAAGCUUUAAGACGAACCCUCAAAAAAUCAUGGAUUAUUCCUCAAUUUGCAGAACAAUACCCUGAUUGUUCCCAAUUCCCACCUGGCUACACAGAAGAUGGAAUUCCAUCAUAUCUCCCAGAAUUAAUGAUCCAAAUCUAUAAAAAACCAAAGAAUGUUGAAGAUGAAAAAAUUAUUCAAGAAGCUUUACAAAAUAAGUCAAUUAUGCCUCAAUUCAAGAAAGAGAUAGUUAAGCUCGUCCAGAAACUUGUUUCUGAUCCACAAGAUGCAAAUAAAUCUUCAUCUCCAAAUGAAGAAGAAGAAAGCCUCGAACAACAAGAAAUAGGCGAUAUUCUUACAGAUUCAACAAAUCUUGUAUCCGAUGAGAAACAUUCCAGAACAAAUUGGCCAUUCCAUGAAGAUCAGCUUUUAGUUAACCUCUACGCCGAAGCAAAACUUCGUAAUGCAAACAGAUGGGAGUACAUCAAGAAGUCAUUUCCUAACAGAAGUCCUAAAGCCAUCGCUGCACACUUUAAGAAUUUAUUAUACGAAAUGAAAUCAGGAAAACGCUCUGAUCUUCAAAUUCCACAAGUUAUUAUGGAAGAUAUUCUUAAGGAAAGGACAUAUAGCGAUGAAGUUAAGCAAUUAUCGCAAUUAACAGAAAUGAUUGAUAUAAUCGAAGCAAUCAAAGUUUAUUACCAAGAAAAUGGUAAUUGGACACUUAUUUCACGUAGACUUCCUCAGUUUAAAGGCGGAUAUAUUGCAUUUUUGCUGUAUUACGUUUGCGUUUUGUUGAAGAAGACGAGAAGAACAAAGACAUGGUCCAUGGGAGAAUUACGAUUCCUACUUGAGAAAAGAGUUGAUGGAGUCCCUGUUCAAGAAAUUUCUGAUCUCUUACAGAAUAAGAGCCCGAAGCAGGUUGAUACAAAGCGCACUCAGAUUUAUUCUACAAUCAAAACAUGUCCAUACCUUAAGCAGUUUGUUGAAAGAUUCGGAAAAUGCGAAAUAGAAGGUGCCGUUUAUGAUGAUAUCGGCAUUCCUUCUUACUUACCUCCGAUGCUGGAAACAUUCAAAUCUGAGAUCCGCGAAGCUGUACCAGAUCUUCCAAGUAAUUAA